CAAACUACGGGAUACGAUACAGUGAUAGUACUGCAAAUACUGAAGAUAAAGGAUUUGUUUACAUCGAAUGGUGCAUGUAUGCCGGACAGAAUGGCGUGCUUCCUGUGAUUAAGAACAAGAUUUGAAAUGCGCAUCCGAUACAUAUGCCGAAGCGAGUGGCGCUAUAUGAUGUAUUCGCAUAAUUUCGACUCUUCAAACUAAUCAAGAUGUUAAAUGAACUGCGGUCGACAAGCUAUUAGUCGCGACGUCGUCUGUUCCGGCCAAAGCCGCCGGUCAGUGCUGCCGGUUAUCCUGUGUUAUACUGGAUUGAGGUUCAUUUUCGAAAUCAAGUGGAUUGUAUUGUUGUUGUAAUAGCAAUGGUUGAUAUGAGAAAACCGUUGCACUAAUGAAUGAAGUAAUACCCAGUUUUGUUGCAGAACAUUUUUGUCAGGUGUAUCUUAUCACUUACUCGAAUCUCUGAUGUCACAGGAAUGCCCAAUUAAGGACCACAAAUGCAAUUUAUCAGUCUCUUGCAAUAAAUCGACCGUAAUUCCACAAUAACAAUAAUAGGCCAGUUUAUCGGCCAUAGCUUAAUUAUGUCUGUAUUUAAGGAAAAACAGUUAGGGAUUAUUAUACUAUUCACAGUAUUAUUAGCUGCCAACUGCAAUGGCCAAACAACAAUCGGCGCAAGUGUAGUACUAGAACCGCAAGAUAUCACGCUGUUGAUAGAUGAACCAAAGUCCAUUGUGGCCCAUUUUCGAGGACCGCUGACGAAAAAUGUGCAGUUCAAUUUUACCAAUGAGCAUGAACAGUUUGUAAGGAUUACUCCGUCUCUGAUAUCGAUUGAAGCACCCAAGGAUGGAUUCGUGGACGAAAGUGUGCCGGUCAAGUUGGACCCGCUGUCUCCCGGUCAGUUCGAUUUGGUGGGCUACAUUAUACCAGCCGGAUUGAUAGACGAUGCCAAUGCUUUCAUUCGUGUUACCGUGGCCAAUUCCGGUACGCUUAUUAUCGUCUCACUGGUCAUCGGAUGGAUAUACUUUGCAGCCUGGACAGUCUCAUUCUGGCCUCAGAUGAUCAUUAAUUUUCGACGAAAAAGUGUAGUGGGACUGUCCUUUGACUUUCUCGCAAUGAAUUUGCUUGGACAUACGCUGUACGCUACUUUCAACUGUGCGUUGUAUUGGAACGACCAUAUCGAGCAAGAAUAUUUCAACCGAAAUCCGCACGGGUUGAACCCAGUGAUCGCAAAUGAUGUGGCCUUUUCGCUACACGCCACAUUGGCUACAUUGUUGACGAUUGUCCAAUGCUUUUUCUACGAGCGAGGAGAACAGCGAGUAUCCUAUACUACUCAGGGAAUUUUCAGCAUAUUCGCCAUAAUAAUUAUAAUAUCCGGUAUAUUGGUCGGUACUAUGCAUUGGCAUUGGUUGGAUUUCCUGUACACUCUCAGCUAUAUUAAGUUAGCAAUAACACUUAUAAAAUAUAUACCGCAGGCGGUAUUAAACUUUAGACGGAAAAGUACUGUAGGAUGGAGCAUUGAAAAUAUUCUGCUUGAUUUUACUGGCGGCAUGUUGAGCAUGUUGCAAAUGCUUCUGAAUGCGUAUAAUUACGAUGAUUGGGCGUCAAUCUUUGGAGAUCCAACUAAAUUUGGCUUAGGUUUAUUUUCUGUACUAUUUGAUAUAGUAUUUAUCGUACAGCACUACAUACUGUACAGGAAACCUGAAUACAUUGUUCUACCUGGAGAGAAUGUCUGCGUUUCUGAUCCUGGUACUAGUCAUCUACCCAUCUCGCCUGAUCCUGGUACUAGUCAUCUACCCAUCUCGGCUGAUCCUGCCAAUGAAAAUGGCGAUAAUUAUACCACUUUAAGUUAAAUGUAUUAGUAGUGAAAUAGUGAUAUGUGUCUAUAUUUGUCUAGAAUGAAGUCUAUAUUUGAUAGACUUGUAUCUAAUUAUGAGUAUUAUAGUGUUAUCCAGUGUUGGGCACUGCUAAUUCGCUAAUUCGCUAACCGAUACAAUUUGCUCGAUAAUCGUGGAAAUUGCGCUAAUCACACACUUAAAAAACUACUCCGCAAAAUUUGCCGAGAUUUGGACAGCCGAGCGUUCGGUGAAAAUUUCAGUUUUGCAAAUCGACAUUUACGGAUCUUUACUAGGGUAAAAGCACCAGUUUUGGCCAUAGUUUGGCAAACUUUCAAGGAUAUUGAUCAUGUUUUAUAAAAUUCUAAUAAACUAAAUAUGUUUACACAUCAUCAACGGAUAAUUUUAGUCUUAAUCAUCGUAAUGUAUAGGUUUAUUUGAUGGAAAUAUGCUUUUUUGUUUCAAUUUUUGUCGAUUGAAAAACCUCUGUUGGGUUCCUGUUUUGGACAUAGUGUUCUUCUAUUCGCCACUCUGUGUUCCUAUUUUGGCCACCCUGCUGGAAAAGUAUCGCAAAACAAGUUAAACUAUCAUGUAAUCUAUUUUACUGAAUUAUUUAUUUUUUAAAUAUACAAUUGCAUCGGAUUAGCAUUACUUCCGGCAUUUUAACGUUAUCUUGUCUGUCAUUAUUUGUGCAAGAUUGCAAAAAUUGGUGUUCGAGAAAAAGAAAUCAAAACAAGAAUCACUUUUUCUUUAUGCUUAAGUUUAUUUGAAAUUAUUUCUAAUCCUUUAAGCAGUUUUCAGCUAUAAAUCCGUUUUUGCAGUAAUAUAAACAAGUAUGGGAAAUCUUUUGGAUAAUUUUCAUGACCGAUGGUUCAACAACUUUUGUUUUAUUUGAUUGCUUGCUACGGAUGCAAUCAGCGGAACAAUGGUAUCCGAUUUACGAUACUGUAAAACAAAAGCGUUAAUCAUAAACCACAACUGCAAAAAAUUGGCAUUCAACUUUCAGCUUUACAUAGGACAGAUUGUUGAGAUAUUGUAAUAUACUGAUGAAUUACCUUCAAACAUUUGAAAAGAGUGUAACAACCUUUUGAUAUCUGGAUUUCAAACAUAGUUUUCUUCAAAUAUUGUGAUCGUGAAGAGUAAUUAUCACUAGGUAUCGUAAGGCCCAAAGUAAUUAGCCUUUCUGAAGAUGCUGUUGUUUGAAGAUUAGAGGAAUUGUCGCUUAUAGCGAAAAUAAACAAAAAAUUUAUGCUAUUCUAGAAAUAGAUUAUAUUCCAACAUUAUGUUAAAGUCUGAUGUAGUACAUUCUUAUAUAAUCGAGGAACAUUAGAACCUAUCGAGAUAUGAAAGCAAAACUUGAACUUCGCUUUGAGAAAACUAAAUGUAUUAUUUAAUAUAUUGCAGUGUUUACAUGGCUUUCAUAUGGCUUUUCAAAUUAUUAGUGGUCAUCCAACCCCGUUCUCUUUGACCAAGACCUUAUGCAGAGAGAAAUCUUCUUUUCAUGAUGGAGUAUCACGAGAGUUUCUGGUAAGAAAAUCCUUCACAUUGAAUAACUACGUAUGGUGCUGCGCUAUAAAAUCGCGACGUAGCAUUUCAAUAAGCCAGGAAACAAUCAUUUCCUUCUCCUUGGACAGUAUCGUUCCGGUACUCCGUAUUGUGGUUUUCUGCCACUUGCCACUCGUACGGUAGACCUUAGAUACCGUAUUUUUUACGGCUCGCAUAUUCUGAAGAUACCUUGAUUGUACACCUGACAUGCAAUGUUUUUCGAUGAAGCCAUCAUAUUUUGAACAAAGAAUAUCAAAUAAUCAAUAACUUUAUUAAUAAAUUACUCAAUUUAGUAAUUCACUGCCUGUGCCUUCCAGCGGUAAGAAAAGAACAAAUUUUGGAACCCGACGACCACAAUUUCAGAACUAAAUAUCAAUAGAUUUUACGUAUGGCGAAAACGGGCAUAUGAAAUAUGAAAGCGCUUUGACGUAUGGCCAAAAGCGGCACAGCGAAAGUUUUUGGCCUCCUAUGACUAAAAAGCUUUUUUUAUAUAAAAAAGACUUAUUUACGUUUAUCAUAUGAUCGAUAUGGUUUGAGAAAUAAUCCAUUAUACCAUAUGGAAAAACCCAACGAAAAUAAAAUAAUUUUAGAUAAUAAAUGUUAUGUACUGAAAGUUCCAGUCGUACUAUGCUGGCAAAAGGUUAUGCGGGAAAUUAAGGGAGGCCUUUUUUAUUUCUGCAAUAUUCCUAGAAUAAUAAUUUUCUUAUAUUAGUUUUCAUAUAAGUUAUAUGGAAAAAUAUCUGAAAUUUGAUUUAGUUGCAUCUAAAGUUGUGUUAUUAGCCAUAUAUUUCAUCAAUUAACACUUAAAUACAUGUAUGGCCAAAACAGGUACUAUGGCUAAAACCGGUGCUUCUGCCCUAACGUUUGGCAUCAUAAAGAAUUUUACCGAACGCUCGGCUGUCCAAAUCUCGGCAAAAUUUUGCUGACUUCGGCACUUUUUUUUAAGUGUGCACUAAUCGCAAACUGCAAAUUAACAGUUACUGUUUAUUUUUAAACAUUUUGCAAUAACUUGCAUUGUAAUCUAUCGCUGUACAAAUUAUUUGUAAUUUACGUUUAUUAUAUGGCUUUUCUUAAUUUACCUAAGAUCAAAACCUAUUAUAAUGAAUAAAAUGCUUUACAGUUUAUUAAUUUUAAAAUAAACAGCGGCACUUCAUUUGGAAUCAUGGCCCAGCAACAAUACGGCUAGUCUGAGUAUAAAUUACAAAGUAUAACUAGCGUUUCUCGAUUGGUCGGUUAGCGAAUUAGCGGUGCCCAACACUGGUGUUAUCUAAUGAUGUAUGGUAUUUCUACUCCUCAGAAAUAUAUGUAAAUGGUCGAUAUUAUGUUCAGCAUGUAAAAAUACUUAGGUACUAAUUUGUUUAGUUGGCCUGACCCGACGUCUUACGACAAGAUCUGCAUAACGUAAUUCUUUCAUCUAACUCGGAUCAUGGCCGCUAUUCUCUAAUACCGCGCGCACCCAGUGCCCGCCAAAUCUCACUCGAUCUGGUCUAGCCACUUUGUUCCCUGCGUCCCUCUUCCCCAACUAGCACCAAAUCAUAUAUCGAUGUGAUACGAAAACUAUUGUAAAUAUCUGUUGAGAAUUUCGGAAUCGUAAAUAAACCUUAAUAAAGUACCCAUACGUUGAUUUUUAAUCGAAUAUAAUGAUAAUAACUGACAGACAUACCAUUUUCAGCUGAAUUGUAUAGCAGUACGAAACCAGUCGCGCCCAAUCGUAUAUUAUCGCAUGACAUAAAUAUGCAUGCAUAUGAACCACAAGUAUUCCUUACGUAUAUUGACUCCAAAAUAGUAGGUACGUGUAAACCAAUUUUCCGAUCAAAUACGAUGUUUUUGGAUGCUCAUUUGUAACUCCAAUUUAAUUAUUAUUUA